AUGAUUUCCACACGGGUCGUCACCUUGACGAGGAUAUUCGGCCCCGCCGAUCCCGUCUGGGGAAUUGAUCUCCAAGUCGAGCCUCCAAAUUCGAAUUGGGGACGAGACGACAUCGAUCGCUGGGUUACAGAAGGUUGGAAUAGUGUUCCAAACAAAAGCGACGUAUUCUUGAUAGCAGCCUUGUGGAUCCCUGGCUACGGAUACACUAUGUCAUCAUCUCCCAAUGCCUACAAGGCUUCCCGUGAUAUCCUUAUACACAAUGGCGAAGCACUUGCCCCUGCCUGGUCGCAAAAGGUGGAAGAGCGAGAAAACGCGUCUGGGGCAGAUCCAGGAUUUCAUGCUGAAGACGGAGCAUGCUUUCUCUAUGAGAAAAGCUUGCAGAAGAAGCUAGGCGCAAUCGACACAUAUCCUUCCACUGCUACGAAUAAGCCAUAUAUGGUUGUUUAUGGGAGGAGGUGGGUCGGGGCUGCUCCAGGCUUUGUUGCUACCUGCGCAAAGGGUAAGAAAGGAGGCUCACAGCUCAAUCCUGAUUGUUCGUGGGUCAUGAGUGAACUUGGAAUUGAUGUGAAAUUAUGA